UGAUUUUCACAGCUGCCUCUAGAAAGCAAACUUGGCAGUACUGACGGGGAGUUUCGUGGUCGGAACGGCAACACUGUUUUUACUUGAGAGAAUGAAAUUGACUACCAUCGGGCUAUUGUAUUCCAAAGUAAUUUAAUAGAAAUAAUUCAAUAAAGCAUAUUAAGGUAGAACCAUUAAUAGUAUGGUUAACUGUACGGCUCAUCAUUGCUAAAUGUUUUAAAUAUACGUUGCUUUGGCGCAGUGAGAAGGAAUCGCAAAUCGACACAACGUAAGAAAAAGCAAUAGAAAGAUAAACCAUAGAUUGACAGCAGCGACGACUAUCAACAGCGCAAGCAGACCAAAAAGAACAUAGUGCAAAAUAACGAGCUGCAAAGCCCAGUAUAUAACAACGAGUAGCGAGUUGCCACCGUAGAAUCAAGUGCCAAUGUGUGUUGCGACCUUCUGGCCUCGGGCUAUCUUAAGCCAAAUAUUGAAGUUUAAAAUUUGUGCUUAAAGUAUAAAAUACCGUGGAUUAACAAAACCAAAGGAAUAGAAGCUUGCUCAGGACGCUGUCGUAGGCGGCCCCGCAAUUACGCGCCUCUGUAUUGAGUGUAGAAUUGCACUGUCUUGCAACUACACAUAUAUCAAGAAGACGAAUUUUACAAGAAAAAGGAGAAAAGGGGACGUUGUAACAGAUUUUCACUUCGUUGAUGCGGGACAGUAAAUGUAUCAGCGGAAAUGAUUUGUAAAAGGGACGUCAUCCAAUGGUUUAAAGAACUCGAGAGUUACAAAAGGAUCGACACUAUGUGCACUUUGCUCAACAUGUGUCUACCGUUUGAGUUACGGUUCUUAGGGACAUGCCUUGAAGAGCUGGGCCGGCGAGAUUCGCAAGAGUUGCGCGGCAUGGAAUUAAGAGUGAAUAAUCCCCAAGAUUUGGCAGCUGAUAUAGUUGCGUGUCAGAAAGGAGAACCAACUGAUAAGAAAAUACGGAGGAAAAUGGCCCUUUAUUUGGCGUUAAUACGAGCUUGCAAUCGUACCUGUGUGACGGAGAUAUUUCGUACAUUGGAUGGUUGGGGAGACCGCGACUUUCAGAGCAUGAAUGACUCGGAUACAUUGCAGGAACUUCUAUUGGUUUAUACCAUGGCAGCGAAUCAUCCGGUUUUCUCAUUUGAUCAGCAAUGCAAAUGUACUCAAAUAUUUGAAAAAAUAAAAGAAAACAAGUUGGUUGUGGACUUCCAAUCACAGCAAACGCAACAGCAGAAUCUUGACCAAACACUUGUUCAUACUCAGCAUCUGCAGGAGCAGCGUCAGCACUUGCCUCCGUCCCACCAGGAAAUUCCGCAACAUGUUUUACAUGCAAUGCAUAUCCCUGGACAACCACAUCCGCAGAUACUGACGCCUGUUAACAUUAUGCCACACAUACCAAUGACAUUUCCACAGGGUCUUCAUAAGAUAAUCCAGGCUGACGGAACAAUGCAACAUCCUGUUCCCGUAGAUCCGCAUAUGAUUUCUUUGAAUGUCAUUCCAACUGAGUCGAAUCCAAUUUUUCAACCAACAUGGCCACGGAUGUAUCCCCAAGCUAUAGAGGGUGUGGUCAGUAACGAUGGCACGGGAAAUCCCCUACAGACCUUAAUUCGAAAUGGCUAUCCACGUAGGCAUAAGGCGGCAAAUUAUACGCCUCUAAUACACCAGCAACAACAACAACUAUCCGUUAACCCACACUUCCAACCGGUUACAAACUUUUCGGCUUUGGCUUAUUCAAUGCAAAAUAUGUCAAUGUCAGAUGGAACUGGCAGCGGACUGGAUACCACAUUGAUUCCAGGAUCAAUGAACUCGAAUAAAAGCGCUGGCAGUGAUACGGGUAGUUCUAAUGGUUCAUGUGGCGACGUUUCACCACCGGAAACGCCAACGCUAUCGAGUUCUUCGAAUAUGCCGGGCUUGCGACUCGGCGCUGAGAAUCAGCUACAGAAACAUCAACAGCUGAGUUAUAACAAGCAGGCGGGGAGUACAAGGCUAAAUGGUCGAUCCGACAAAUUAAUUUCGGCGAAUGUGGUGGUUAAUACUGUUAGUACGGCUGCGAGUGGAAUGUAUACAUCACCAAUUCUGAAUACACAUCCGGCUCUGUCGCAACAGUCACAGCCAAUUUAUGGUACUGAAAUAAUUUUGGCGCCUGGAGGUAAUGCCGGUGGCAUUGGGUUAAUGCAAACAUCAUUGGCCAAUAAUAACAAUAGUGGUAUUGGGAAUAAUAUUGCAGUCGUGAACACGACUUCAAAUAUAGGUUCCAGUAAUAACAAUUUAGCGACUAAUCCUGUGUUAAUGAGUUCACCUUCGGCGGGUGUGGCCGGAGGUGGCAUUAUUACUAAUAUAGCACCGAACCCUAUUAUCCUGCCAUCACCGCAUCAACAGCAAUAUAACACCACCUACCCAUAUCAUGCAGCGGCAACUGCACAACAUCAACGGUUGAUGAGCCAUACUGGCGGUCCGGCACCACCUCCACUUCGUCUGAUGCCUAAUGAGCACAUUUACUCUUACUACCCUUUACCGGGUGGCGCACCACCGGGUGCACCACCAGUUACAUUGCGCCCCACAAAUUCCGUGCCACCUAAUACGAACGUCACAUCGGGUGUAACGGGGAUACUGCAGGUGCAACAGCCAACUGCGCAGGCGCUACAAACUAAUCCAGCUGUUGUGCCCAGCCCAACGAUACUGGCUGGAACGCCGUACAGUACGCAGGCAGUACCCAUUGUUAAUAGCAAACACUUGUCUUGUUACAAUUGUGGAUCGCAAAGUCAUAGCGGGCCUGACUGUCAGGAAGCAUCCAUGGAAGAUGUUACCCGCAGCGCCAUUUACAAAUUGGAUUAUUCCGGCUCAUCAAGUGCAUCGCCAACUGUUUCAACUGGUGCGAAUAGUGUGGCUGUCGGAAGCGGGGUUGGUGGUGGCGUUGUUAUAACAGACUCUUUGCAAAUUCAGCAUCACCCGCAACAACAACAGCAUCAUCAAAAGCAACACACAGGUGAGGUUACUGGUACCAGUUUAGUUGGAUCACAAUCCAGUGCGACCACUCUACAUUCGUCCACGCCCGCCGUCAGUGCAGUCAAUACAAAGUGAGCCUAGCAAGAAUUUUCGAGUGCGGUGUUUGAAAACUGAAAAAAUUAAAGAAAAUAAUUCUCAGUAUGAAUGUCUGUAUGCGUUACGCAAGCUUAACUAUUCCCACACUAAGUUCGUUGGUUGGUUAAGUGAUAUGGCAGGCGGGUAGGAAGACAAACUGAAAAUAUAUGUAUAGUGUAAUAAUAGUUGAGGCUUGCCAGCUCUUGGCUGAGCUUGCGAUAUAGAGAUUUAUACAGUUAUGAUUGGCGGAAAUCAAAUUUCACGCUUCUCUUAGCGAAUAAGAUUUAAAAUUAGUGAAACUUUUUAAUAACAAAUGAUUAAUAUAUACAUAUUUGAAUGUUGAAUAAGACUUAAUUACAAGUAAAAAAAACAUCCGAAGCCCAGAUGGACAAUGUAAAAUGUUUGCUCUCCAAAUCUAGUACAGAUCUAGAAGUGCGAACGAAAUGUAGUAGAAUACUCGGCUAUAAAUAAGUCCGUGUAAAUGAAACUACAGGACUUUAUUACGGAAAAAGAGUAUGCAUUAUUUCUAACAGACUUUAUUACAUGCCAAGUAAUAUUUAUUCUCUAAAUGUUUUUUAUCCCGAUUAAUUUCAGAAACAAGCAUUUUAUUUUGAAAUGCAAACAUUAAGCUGGCCCUAUGUUUAUUUAUUUUAUCGUCAGUCGAUAUCAAAUUAGCAAUGAGCAUGUGUUUCUACAACUUGCCAUUUUUUAAACUAAGUUCUAAUAUUCUGUCUUACACCAAGAAUAAUUUAUACUUUCGGUUUACCUAUCAUUUACCUAUCGGGUUAUUUUGGGCAGCAUGUGACAAAAUGAAAUAUGUAUUUAUAUAUGUAAUUAUUAUAAGUUUGUAGCGUUUGUAUGCAUUUGUGCAUGUCCGUGAAAUGACUACAUAUAUGUAAUGGACUACUGCGUUCGCAUUACUAUAACUGUACAUGAAAUGUUGACAGUUCACAUACAAUCGCGCUAUUUCGCAAAUCGUAUGUUUGUACUCUGUGCCAUGCAUCGAGCAAUCCUUCGGCGAUGAAAAUCACAUCUCUCUCGGAUGUAAUUCGGAUAAAUUUGAAUCAAAUUAGGAAUUAAUAAUUUGUGUUUUACCGUAGUCACAUUCUUCUAUGUAGUAUAUAUAAAUGUAUAUUUAAGUAAAAAAUAAUUAUUGUUAACUGAAGGAUAUGAAAGGAAAAUAAGAAGUAGAGUAUGCAAGAAGUUAGGUGCGGAAGAGAAUUACAACCCAUUUAUAUUAAAAAUACGCGUAUAUGAGUAUAUAUCUAAUCAAAUACAUUAUUACUUAUGGAUAUUUCUAAAUAUGUACACAUGCCGAAUAAUAGAGAUAUCUAUAUACAUACAUACAUACAUACAUACAUAUAUGAAUAAUCGUAGAAAAUGGUACAGCGGAAAUACUAGAACUGAAUUUGAGCGAAAAAAUGAAAAGGACAGCAAGCGAUUGUUAGCGCAUGUGUAUGUGCGAGCUGAGGUAACAAGUUCAAAAGGAGUUCAAUUCAUUUUUUGUUAUAACUGUUGCCAUAAUGACGCAGUCAUUGAUGAGCAUCCGGUAAGGUCAACAAUGAUCAUUUGCAUUUGCAUCUACAUACAAGUAUAUAUACUCAUAUUCACAUUCGCACAGGCUUAGCAGUCGGAGGAUAAAUAUUAUUACAUACAAAUGCGAGUAAUCUGUUCAUGUAAAUCACUCUACUGCUUAAACUUAAGGUGAACAAAGCUAAAUUAUUAUUAUUCUUGACUACUUCUUUUAACAAAUGCUAUUAUUUCCUAUUUUCGAAAUUUUAAGCCGUCUACUUUAAAUUCAUAAAAAUUACUUGGUUAAUUAAUUUAAAUAUUAAAUUGUAUGUACAUAAUAUAUAAGAUUAAAUAUAAUGGACAUUGAACUAAACAUGUAUUAUGUUUUAUUGAAAUAAAUUGUUUCUUAAACCCCU